AUGGGCCGGUCCAAGUCGGGUUCCCUGUCCUCAGCCACGGCCUAUGAGGAGCCGCCCUACGUUGCCAACGAGAAUGUCGAGAGUAACGCCGCCGCCUAUGCCUCUGAAAAGGCUGUCCACGACCUCGAGCGCGCACCGUCGGCAGGCGCCGCGCCUGCCGGCGGCCAUUUACCCCAAGACUUUCCCGAUGGCGGCCGCGAAGCCUGGCUCGUCGUCUUUGGCGGCUGGUGCGCCCUCUUCUGCACCUUUGGCCUCAUCAACUGCGUCGGCGUCUUCCAGCAGUACUAUGUCUCCCAUACCCUCAGCAACUACAGCUCCUCUACCGUCAGCUGGAUCACCUCGACGCAGGUCUUUAUGAUGAAUUUCCUCGGCAUCGUCGUCGGCCGUCUCUACGACAACUUUGGCCCGAAAUGGAUCCUGCGAAUUGGUACCGUCAUCUACAUCUUUGGGCUCAUGAUGACCUCGCUCGCCACGGAAUACUACCAAAUCUUCCUCGCGCAGUCCAUUGUCGCCUCCAUGGGCUCUAGCGCCAUCUUCCACUCCUCCAUGUCCAGCCUCGUCACCUGGUUUCUGAGGAACCGCGCCGCUGCGUUUGGCAUCAUGGCCUCGGGCUCGUCGCUGGCCGGCGUCGUCCUGCCCAUCAUGAUGGACCAUCUCAUCCCGCGCAUCGGCUUCCCAUGGACCAUUCGUGCCGUCGCCUUCUUGUUUCUCUUUCUCCUCCUCAUCGUCAAUCUCACCGUCAAGUCGCGGCUCUCGCCCAAGCCGCGGCCCUUUGUCCUGCAAGAGUACUUCGACACCUUCAAGGACGUCAAGAUGGUGCUGGCCAUUGUCGGCUCCUUCUUCUUCAUGUGGGGCAUGUUUCUUCCCUUCAACUACAUCUUGCUCCAGGCGCAGGCUGCCGGCAUGUCUCAGAAACUGGUCCCCUACCUGCUGCCCAUUCUCAACGCCAUCAGCAUCUUCGGUCGUGUUCUACCCGGUAUCGCCGCCGACAAGAUCGGCCGCUUCAACGUGAUGCUCUGCAUCGCCCUCUCAUCUGCCGUAUUUGUUCUGGCCAUCUGGAUUCCCGUCACAUCCACGGCAGGCAUCGUCGCAUUUGCUGCUCUCUUUGGUUUCUCCUCGGGGGGCUUCGUCUCUCUCGCCCCUCCGCUGAUUGCGCAAGUCUCCGACAUUCGCUACAUUGGUACGCGCGUCGGCACUGCUUUCGCCGUCAUGGCAUUCGGUGGCCUGACCGGCAGCCCCAUUGGUGGUGCCAUUGUGUCGCGCCAGCACGGAGACUACAUUGGUCUGCAGCUGUUUUGCGGCGUCUCCAUGGCUCUCAGUUUCGUUUUCUUUAUUGCAUCCCGUUAUGCCCAGGCUGGUUUUAAAAGAGCAAAGGUUUAA